AUGCAACACCAACCCCAACACCAAGACACCAACCUUAAUCAACAAACGAAAGAAAGUUCGCAACUUCCGCCAAAGAUGUCGGUUUCCGGACAAAACAAGAACGAGGGUUACUUGUCCAUGUCUCAACGGUUCAGACCGAGUUGCACGUGUUCGAACCGGCCCGGUUCGGUUCGUUGUGCGCGUCAUGGGUAUGUUGUACCAGGGGAAAAGAUGAAGAAGCGCGUUGGGAGCAAAGAGAUUUUGAGAAGGGCUUUAAUGCCACCGCCGAAACGGUUAGCACUUAGAUGGUUGAAUUUCAAACCAACGCCAAGUAGACUCUCUGUCAUGUCCUUGGCUUCAUGA